AUGAGUCUCUGGACUCUCUUGCUGAGAGAAGAAGUCUCCAUCUGGCCCUGGCGUCGUUGCCCAUAUGGAAUCCUGAAGACCUCAACCAGGACACUGGUGUCAGUGCUUUUCUUUGUCAGGGAAAGGAAAAAAGUGUCACAGUUAGAAAGAAGCGUUUUACAGCAGAAAUUAAACAAUCACUGUAAAAAGAAGUGCAUUUAUAGGGUUAUGCCACUAGAGAUCCUGUAUUUUAUGGAAGAUGAGUAUAGUGUAUUCUACAUUCUGGUGUUAUCUGAGACUGCUUUUAUCUCCUUGCCGUCCAAGAGACUCUCAAGAGUCUUCUCCAGCACCACAGUUCAAAAGCAUCAAUGGAACUGUAGAAAAACAAAAACACAAAAAUAG